UAGCUCGCAGGUACCUAGUGUGUUCGCUUUGUAGAGUUUGAAGACGUACUCGACGCGAUCGACUCGGCUCUCGGACUCGAGUUCAGUACCCGGUUGACAGCCGGUGAGGCGGCGGUGUGACGUGGUGCCCUUAUCGUAUUAUACGCGCACGCCGCCUCUGCGCGAUUUUCUACUCAUUGUAAAUAUUUCUUGUGUACAAUAGCAAGUUCUGCUUUAAUCAAGAUUAUUAGGUGUGCACGUAAACUUAUUUAAACAAUAUUUAACUUUUGUUAUUCGAAACAACAUAAAACGCGGACCUUUGAUACGUUAUUUACUAAUGAAUAAAUGCAAGACGUCUCUUUGGUAAAUGAAAAUAACAGUGUACUUAUUAAAAAACGGGUUAGUGAUGAAAAUUUGAUUUUUAAAUCCAUGAAACUGUAGACCCUGAUGCAAUAAAUAGUACACCUAACCAAUACGCCAGUGUGAGUAGUGUUAACCACUAAUGGAUGAACAUAAUGUGUCCGUACAUUGUGACAUAGUUUCAAGAUUUUCAGAUUCAGUGUAAUGCAAAGAAUCUAUUUAAGUUGGUGAAUAAACAUCUACAAUGGCGGAUCGGGAACGUCCUGCGAAAACCCCCAUUAGGGUGGGUUUUUAUGACAUCGAGAGGACCAUUGGCAAGGGAAAUUUUGCUGUUGUUAAAUUAGCACGACAUCGAAUAACGAAGACUGAGGUAGCAAUUAAGAUAAUAGAUAAAUCGCAAUUAGACGCCAGCAAUCUUCAGAAGGUGUACCGAGAAGUCGACAUCAUGAAGAGGCUGGACCAUCCUCAUAUUAUUAAGCUUUACCAGGUCAUGGAGACGAAAAAUAUGAUCUACAUAGUAUCAGAGUACGCGAGUAAAGGAGAAAUUUUUGACUACAUCGCACGCUAUGGGCGAAUGGCGGAGCAGGCUGCCCGGCGGAAGUUUUGGCAAAUUCUGUCUGCCGUGGAGUACUGCCACGAGAGGCGGAUCGUCCAUCGAGACCUCAAGGCGGAGAACUUGCUGCUAGACGCGAACAUGAACAUCAAGAUCGCAGACUUCGGCUUCAGCAACUACUACGCCACGGGAGAACUCCUGGCCACCUGGUGCGGGUCGCCUCCGUACGCCGCGCCCGAAGUCUUCGAGGGGAAAAGAUACACUGGCCCCGAAAUUGACAUUUGGAGUCUGGGAGUGGUGCUGUAUGUGUUGGUGUGCGGCGCUUUACCUUUCGAUGGCUCUACACUGCAGUCGUUGCGGGAUCGAGUGCUCUCGGGAAGAUUUAGGAUACCUUACUUUAUGAGCGAAGACUGCGAAUCUCUGAUCCGGAAGAUGUUAGUACUGGAGCCAAUGAAGCGGUACACCAUAGAACAGAUCAAGAAGCACCGCUGGAUGGCAGCGGAGCCGUACGUGGCGCCCGCGCCGGCCGGGGACCCGAUGCGGAGCCCUGCCCAUGCGCCGGCGCAGCUCGACCCUAGCGACCAGGUGCUCCGGCUCAUGCAGAGCCUGGGCAUCGACCCUGUCAAGACCAAGGAGAGUCUUCGCUCGAAUAGCUAUGACCACCACGCGGCAAUCUAUCUCCUGCUUCUGGAACGCUUGAGGGCCCGGGCAGCUAGCGGAGCCAACGCCUCGACCUCUGAGGCCCGCACUAGGCCCUCUCGCCGGCCCUCAUCUGUAGCUGACCAAGCACUCGCCAGGGAGGCACACGAUGCCAGGCGAGAACAUCACAGGUUGCUCCAUUCCGGUGAUUCUCAAACAAGAGACUUUAGUAGGGCGACACCCACGAUAACUGCUGCCCCAGCCGACUCGUCGUCUGCUGAAACGCAGCGGCUAUUGUCCCUCGCGGGUGUGAACAUGACUGAACAAAGACUGCUCCAGCGAAACUCCGACCCGUCGGACACGCAUAGGAGCUUUCUAGUCGGAAGCAUCGACGCCGCAUCCAGCAGGAGCCACGAGUCCGAGUCCACGAGGCUCCUCUCAAUGAGGAACGUUGAAGUGUCCCAGUCGAACCAAAGGAUAGGCACCAAACUGAACGAAGCCCCCGUCCCCACUCAUAGACUGCUCACCUCAACUUAUGAGCAGCAACAAAACAUACUUAAACAGUCCAGCGAGGACUGCAGGCGGCUGUUACAGCAAUCAACUACAGUUGGCCCUGAUACCCUCAAGAGCACCAAUGACGGAACUAGACUACUCACCUCAUCUAGUUUCGAUUCCAAGUGUGCGAUAGACGGGGGCCGGAGCUCAUCUGCGACUGACCACAACGUAAUUGCUAACUUUCUCCAAAAUUCGGCGUCGGCCACCAAUUUCAACGUAGACACUAUGAAACUGCCCAAUUCGACAACUUUUACUAUGUGCUCUGAAGCUGCUAAACUUAUGAAUACUUUACAACAGUCACCUUUACCUCUGAAAGGCACCGUGAACCUUAGUACUAGUCCCAUACCAACACAACUCACUGACACAAAAAUCACGGGUGUCUUGGAGCAACCGAAGCCCCUGGAAUCCAGCCGGCUGGUUUCACAGGCCCAGCAGCAGGACCUCAGUAGACUGCAAACAAGUACACCCCCAUUCAAAGACUACAUGAAUCAUCAUCUUCCAGCCUAUUCCUAUUUACAAAAUACAGUUUUGCCGCCCAUUUCAAACGCAGCUGAGACAAAUUUUUCUAUGACGUCUACUUCCACUGCGGGUGAUUUAUUUCCGAACUCAUUGUACCGGCCGGACAGUAAAUUUUCGCUGAACAGAUACACUACGGGUCAAACGUAUACUCAAAAUCUUCAGACAAAUCCGGCUGAAGCGACAAAAUUUCAACAACAGUAUUCAUCGUCGACCGACGAAGGCUGUGAGACGGACAUGGAGGACGUAGCGAGCGUUCCCAGUGGGGUGCAGAACAGACUGAGUUCUUAUGCCAGCUCCAGCUCGAGCAGCGGAGUCGUUACAUUUUUUAAUAACAAAAGCCUGAGCCAAAACCUAAGCUGUGAUUCAUCGCAAAGUAAUUUUUCGACGUUCGAAAGUUUGGAUUACCAACUAUCAUCGGACUGUUCCAGUGAACUGGCCAGCAGUUUACCCAGUUGCACGUCUAACGAGGAUAAGUUGGCUUACGAGAAUAGCUCAUUAGUAAAUACUAGUCCAAUGCAUCCAUGCGUUUAUAUAUCGUCCUAUAAUAAUAAGCCUAGUGGCACUGGAUUUAUAGCGCGACACAACCCAUUGAAUUAUCAAUCAGCUAACAAAAACUGCCCUCGCGCUAUUACACGGAGCCCUGUUGACUUCAGGGAAGGGCGUCGGGCCAGCGAUGGCCUGGUGGCACAGCAAGCAGCACAAUCGAACGAAUCACAAAAAAACAGCUUAGCUUUUAAUAGUCAAAGACUCAAUGAAAACUGCAAAGCCAAAGGUGUUCUAGAACUCCAUCUGGUUCAAAAGGAGGCUCAGAAGUUGAAAACUCAGUACCAGUCUACGCUCCCUGCCGAAGAAAUGACCCAAAGACAAAUGCAGCACAAUCAAUUUGCGGCUAGUUUCAGUCCACAUUUUAUAGAGUCAAAAACUCCAACCAAACGGAUCAGUCUUCCAGAAACGUUUAAUUACUCGAGUACCUCGCCGCCGAUGCCUGCCAGUCCUAAGAUGGUCGCACAGCUCCAGGAGCCCUCAGAAUUGCCUCACGGUACUUCGGUGCCCCAAAUCAGCCCGAAACCUCCUCUCCAGCAGCAGCUGAUGCAGCAUCGUCUGUUCCAACAAAAGCGACAACUUCUGCAAAAACAGAUGACUCCCCCGAAUGUCCCCACGCACGAUAUGGGACCGUUACACAAUCUCCAAGUUGGGCUCAGCCGGAGGCAGAUGCUCCGUCAGCAGAGCUACAAGAUAGCGCAGCAGCAGCAGAUCCUGCCGCCGCUGCCGUUGACCGAGACCGAGAACAGGGACUUGCUCGCCUUCCAGGCGAUAGUGGAGGGUCCGAAUCGGUCUCCGAAGCCGAAAGCGGAGGAGGGUCAGCAGGACGAGGUGGCGAAGUUUGCUUAUCAGGGUUCGAUGGAGAUAAGCAUAAUGAACAAGGACAGGUUGGGGAGCGAGAACUGGUCUAACUUGCCGUCGAGCUUGCAGAGCGCGUGUCAGAUCUCGGAGCUGGGACGGCGCGAGGCGGCGCGGGAGACGCGCGAGGAGGGCGACGCGAGCGAGGCGCUGUGGCCGGGCCAGUGGGGCGCCGGCCUGUUCCCGCCGCAGCCCUGCUUCCAGGUAUUCCAACAGAUCAACUAAAGCCUGGUCCGUGAGCACGUAGAAUUUUGUCCAAUGACCCCAAGCUACCCAUCCUUAUCGCUCGCGCAUAAUUAUGUUGCUGUCGCGCUCGCUCACUCACUGCCGGCGCCCGUCGCACAGUCGCGACAGCAAUAUAAUUACGCGCGAGCGAUAAGGAUGGGUAGCUUGGGGUCAUUGGACAAAAUUCUACGUGCUCACAGACCAGACUAUAGUAGCCCCACGUUGAGCAUAGAGCCGUAGUGUCGUAGUCAAUUGUGUGCACGCAGCGUAAGAUCGUAAUCUUAGCUUUAAACUCGGUCUUCACGCGCUGAAACAUACGCUAGAUCGACGAUUGGUCUCAUUGUAGUUUACUCGUGUAGUUUAAGCCGUAAGCGUUGUGUGGACGAUGCGUAUGGUCGCAUCGAUGGAUUCGGUAGAGUGCAUGACAAUAAAUUAGUGAUUUUAAAUUGUGUAUUACACUAUAGCAUUAUGCAAAGUAAAACACUACAUAGAUAUAACUGCCGCUAGAAAAUAAAGUAAUUUUCAAGUGAUUCGUUGGAAGUUUUGGUAAUAUUAAUGUGUGUUCAAUAACUUUGAACUUGCACUCAAGAAAUAAAUUAAUUUUUACUCAAUAUACAAUUGUUGUAAUUUUCAUUCCUAAAAUGGAUGUUUGUAGAAACUGUGCACAUGAUUUAUUCCACAUUUUGCAAAGAUACUUGCCAAUGUAUAAUUUUUAGAAUAAUGUACUAAAUACUUAUACAUUUACCUUUACUACUUAAACAUCACUUGAGAAUGUUCCUACAUAAUAUUAUAUCCAUUGUUUUACUCCAUUAUAAUAAGUUAGAUAUCUAUUUAUUAUUAUGAAUUAUGACUCUGUACUUUAUGUAAAAGUCUGUAUAGUUUUUGUUAUUAUUUGCUGAUAAAACUAUUUAUGUAAGAUGUGAUAGCUUUACUUAGAAUCAAGUUUAUUUAAAUACAAGUA